AUUAUUCAUUGUUGGCAAAUCAUAGACAAUACACGUUUUAUAUAUGUCUUGAAUUAGUUAUGUGGAGUUAGGUCCUAUUCCUGUUCCUAUACCCUAUAAUUGUUCAAUAUUUCACAGACCAAUACACAGUGACCACCAUGGAUACUACCCAAGAAGCUCCACCCCACGUAGCCAUUGUGCCAACUCCAGGGAUGGGUCAUCUCAUCCCAGUCGUCGUGUUAGCCAAAAAACUCAUUGACCAACACAACUUUUCAGUCACCUUCAUUAUACCUAAUGAUGGUUCGCCUAUGAAAUCGCAGAGGCAACUCCUUCAACGCUUACCCAACGCCAUAUCCUCCAUUUUUCUUCCUCCAGUGAGCUUUGAUGACCUUCCUGUUGAAGCUAAGAUCGAGAAUCGAAUCUUAUUAAGCUUAUCUCGAUCUCUUUCUCAUCUUCGUCGGUCUUUUAAGACUUUAACUGAGUCAACUCGGGUUGUAGCCCUAGUAGUUGAUCUUUUUGGUACGGAUGCUAUUGAAUUAAUCGCUAAAGAGUUCGACGUUUUGCCUUUUGUUUUCUUCCCUACAACUGCCAUGGCUUUAUCUCUUACGCUGCAUUUGCCUAAGCUUGAUCAAAUGUACUCUUGUGAGUAUAGGGAUUCACUUGAGCCGUUCAAAAUUCCUGGAUGUGUGCCGGUUCAAGGGAAAGAUCUGGUUGACAUGCUUCAGGACAGAAAUGAUGAUGCAUACAAAAGGAUUCUUCAUAUUAGCAAACAGUAUCCAUUAUUGGUUGCUGGUGUUUUAGUUAACAGUUUCAUAGAUCUAGAAAAAGGUGCUUUUAAGGCUUUAAUGGAGGAUAACCACCAUGGGUUUCCAAUUUAUCCGGUUGGACCGCUCAUUCGGACCGGUUCAGAGGUUGUUGAUGAAUCUGAUCCGUGCUUGAAGUGGUUAAAUCAGCAACCAAAGGAAUCAGUGUUGUUCGUUUCAUUUGGAAGUGGCGGGACCCUUUCUCAUGACCAGUUGAAUGAACUAGCCUUGGGCUUGGAAAUGAGUGGAAAAAGAUUUCUUUGGGUUGUUAGGUGCGCACAUGAUAAAGCUGUCAAUGCAACCUACUUCGGCUUAACUAACACUAACAGUAACUACCCUUCUGAUUUUCUACCAGAAGGGUUCUUGGAUAGGACCAAAAAUGUGGGUCUAGUGGUUUCUUCUUGGGCUCCACAAGUUCAAAUCUUGAGCCAUGGCUCAACCGGUGGGUUCUUGACCCAUUGUGGGUGGAACUCAACAUUGGAAAGCAUUGUUCAUGGUGUGCCUUUAAUUGCAUGGCCACUCUAUGCAGAACAGAAAAUGAACGCAGUGUUGUUAGCUGAGGAUUUGAAGGUUGCUUUAAGAGUGAAAUUGAAUGAAAAUGGGUUAGUGGGUAGUGAAGAUAUUGCGAAAUAUGCAAAGGCUAUUAUUGAAGGGGAAGAAGGGAAAGUGCUUAGGAACAAAAUGAAAGAACUUCAAAAUGGUGCUAUAAAGGUUUUGAGCCAAGAUGGGUCUUCUACAAAGUCCUUAGCUGAUGCAGUAAACGUAUGGAAGAACCACAAAAAGUAGUGGGUUAUGUUUGUUUUUGCAUGCAAGUUGUAUUUUUUUUUUUUUUUUUACUUUUCUAUCCGUUAGGGAUUGUCUCAACCUGAAAAUAAAUUAUUAAGGAAUAAAAUAAGAAUAAUUCUUAAUA